UGAGAGAGGCAGGAGGAGAGAGAAAGCGCGCGAGCGAGAGGAACGACGCCAUCAACAGCAACCCCAACCCCAAGCGGCGCGAGAACCCACCCCCAUCCUCCCCCCGAUCCCCAAUUCGCCUCACCAUGGACCACCACCACCAGCAGGGGCAGCCGCCGUCGCCGGCGGACGCCAACUCGAAGCCGCCGACGCCGUCGAGCACGCCCGCCUCGCGCCACGGCUCUGGCUCGGCGCCCUCCUGGCCGCCCUCCUCCACCGAGGGCGCCCCGGCGCGCGGGCCGGCGUCCUCCUCCGCCUCGUCCGCGGCACCCGCCACGCCGGCCUCCCGCACCGUCUACAGCGACCGCUUCAUCCCCAGCCGCACCGGAUCCAACCUCGCGCUCUUCGACCUCGCCCCGGCCCCCUCCUCCUCCGCCUCCGGAUCUGCCGCUCCCCCCUCACCCUACUGCGCGCUCCUCCGCGCGGCGCUCUUCGGGCCCGACACGCCCGACCGCCUCGCCUCCUCCGCCGGGGCCUCCUCCUCCUCCGCGGCCUCCCCCGUCGGCUCCCCCGCCGGCGGCAACAUAUUCCGCUUCAAGGCCGAGGUGCCGAGGAACGCCAAGCGGGCGCUCUUCGCCGGCGGGGACGACCAGGACCUGCUCUUCCCCGGCAUCUUCACCCCCAAGGGCUCCGGCCCCAGGAAGAUCCCCAGGUCGCCCUACAAGGUGCUGGAUGCGCCCGCAUUGCAGGACGACUUCUACCUCAACCUCGUGGAUUGGUCUUCGCACAAUGUCCUCUCGGUCGGAUUGGGGAAUUGCGUCUACCUGUGGAAUGCAUGCAGCAGCAAGGUCACCAAGCUCUGCGAUUUGGGGGCGGACGACACCGUUUGUUCCGUGAGUUGGGCGCAGCGUGGCACCCACCUGGCUGUAGGGACUAACCAAGGCACCGUCCAGAUAUGGGAUGCAACACGCUGUAAAAGAAUGAGAACCAUGGAAAGCCAUCGCAUGCGAGUAGGUGCUCUUGCAUGGAACUCUUCAUUGCUUUCUUCUGGCAGUCGUGACAAGAACAUCCUUCAUCAUGAUCUCCGUGCUCCGGAGGACUAUGUUAGCAAACUCACCGGGCAUAAAUCUGAGGUCUGUGGGCUCAAGUGGUCUUAUGAUAACCGUCAGCUUGCAUCUGGUGGAAACGACAACAAACUUUUUGUUUGGAAUCAACAUUCAGUACAGCCAGUGCUGAAGUAUACUGAGCACACAGCAGCUGUGAAAGCUAUUGCCUGGUCACCUCAUCUACACGGCCUUCUUGCAUCUGGUGGUGGAACUGCAGAUAGGUGCAUAAGAUUUUGGAAUACGACCACAAAUACACACUUGAGUUCCAUGGAUACAGGGAGUCAGGUCUGUAAUCUUGUGUGGUCAAAGAAUGUGAAUGAGCUUGUUAGCACACACGGAUACUCCCAGAAUCAGAUAAUAGUGUGGCGGUAUCCAACGAUGUCAAAGCUUGCCACGUUGACAGGACAUACAUUCAGAGUAUUAUAUUUAGCCAUCUCCCCUGAUGGACAGACAAUUGUUACUGGUGCUGGUGACGAGACGCUCCGGUUUUGGAACGUGUUUCCGUCUCCCAAGUCCCAGAGUUCUGACAGCUUAAGUAGCAUUGGAGCGACAUCAUUUGUUAGGAGCUACAUCCGGUGACUCGACGAAAUGUAGUUUCGUCGAGCUUGUAAGUUAUUGCGGCAAGUGCUGAUCGUCAUCAGCACCAUUCAAUUCCCACACGACCUCCUUCUGUCCAUCUGCCGCCGAAGCCAGCACCAUUUUAGAGAUUGCACGGCAGGGGAUGAUUGACUGGCUGGCUUGCGCGGAUCCGAUCCCCUCUCCCGCGCUGGAAGCGGCGCAUAUCUAUUGUUGUAGGAGCGAAGGCGGGAGAUGUUCAUGUCAGAGAAGCAUGGGCUAUACAGCCAGCCACACUCCCUCCUCCAGUUUAUGUUCCCCAUUGGAACUGCCCUGCGAACCAAACUGUUCCUUAACAUUUACUCACUCAUGAAGCCCUUUUGAUUUCAUUCGUUAUGUUGUUUAGCGGGAAAUUCCUCUUGUUUUAGCAACUGAGAAAUCUGUUGGCGUGUCGAUUAUGCGCUUGACUGAUGAUAUGCAAGCUGUAGCUCUAUUCAGAACAUCAUGAAAUUCAGAACUGGACCUCGCUGGCCUGUGUCAAGGCCUGUGGAGGAAUUCAGAAUUUGGCCAUGUCCUCUGAUGGAUGCAGUGGGUUAAAAUUAUC